ACGUUCGUCCAUCACAGGCAAAGAACUGACCUACUUCUCGAGCGUAAAACGACGUCGAUUCUGCGGCGGUGUUGGACUGAGCCUUUGAUCUCGUUGUCGAUGACCACCAAGAUGCUUCCACGUCGCAAGCGCAUCACAUCACCAACAAGUAUUGUUCAGCUCGACUAUCCAGACCACCAGCCUUCACCAAAACCGGCUGGAAGCUAUACCCGCUUCGUGCUCAUCUCAGACACCCACUCCCAAGUUUUCCCGGUCCCUGAUGGUGAUGUUUUACUUCACUCAGGCGACCUCACCCGGCGAGGAACUCUCCGCGACUUGCAUCGCACUAUGGACUGGCUCUAUGCACUCCCACAUCCAAUCAAAAUUAUAAUAGCCGGCAACCGCGACUUUGCUCUCGACCGCGAAUGGUACGAUAAGAACUGGGAACACACUGGUCAUCCAGGGAAACCAGCAAUCUGGGAACACCCGGAUCCGAUAUUCGAGUUGCUCACCGGUUCACGUGCCAAAGCUGCAAAUGUGAUUUAUCUGCGUGACGAAAAGUAUUCAUUCACAGCUGGAGGACGGGAAUGGACGGUCUACGGCACUCCGCGAAGUCCCAACUUUGGUGCACGCGUCCGCGCAUUUGGAUACGAUUCUGCAGACGCGACAUCGAUGGUUUCAGCUUUCCCUGAAACUGAUAUUUUAAUGACCCACGGACCCCCUCACGGCAUCCUUGACCAGACCACACACAAUGCAUUCGCAGGUUGCCCGGCUCUGACCUCUCGGAUUAUCAGCUUACGGCCCAGAUUACACGUCUUUGGCCAUAUUCACGAGUCGCGUGGAUGUUAUGUGCACGAAUGGAGUGAGGCAACGCCGUCCGCCCAAAACCCAGCUAGCCGUCGGAUUGCGGAAGACGAAGAGAAGAUCGGCGGAAACGGUCAGCAAACUAUAUUCGUCAAUGCUGCAAAUACCCCCAAGCUAGCGAGUGGCGGAGUACUACCUCCAGUGGGAGGAUCAGGAUUCCAGCCCAUCGUCGUUGACCUGCUCAAUUGA